GCCGGGCGCGCGGCUCUCUUCGCUCUCUUGCCUCGCGCGAUCCGCCCGGCCUGGCCGCCUCCGGAGCCGCGUUCGCCUGCGGAUGGGCUGGGGAAGUUGGCAGGAGUCACCCGGAGCCCGCGCCUGGCGCGCACCACCGCCACUCACCUCGGCGCCCGCAGCUGGGGCGCAGCGCGCCGGCCGCUGGAGUGCGGAUGUCCCCCGGAGCCGCGGGCUGGCAGAUCUCAGGUCGUGAGGCAGCUGGCUGAUGAUGGGUACGACAGCCAGCACAGCCCAGCAGACGGUCUCGGCGGGUGCCCCCCUUGGGGGUCUCCAGGGUAGUAGCACGAUGGACAGCCGGCAUUCAUUCAGCGUCCACGCCUUCCACUCCACCAGCCUGCACAACAGCAAGGCCAAGUCCAUCAUCCCCAACAAGGUGGCCCCUGUCGUGAUCACGUACAACUGCAAGGAGGAGUUCCAGAUCCAUGAUGAGCCACUCAAGGCCCAUUACACCCUGGGCCGGCUCUCGGAUGCCACCCCGGAGCACUACCUGGUGCAGGGCCGCUACUUCCUGGUGCGGGAUGUGACUGAGAAGAUGGAUGUGCUGGGAACCUCAGGGAACUGUGGGGUCCCCAACUUCCGGCAGGCACAGGGUGGGCUCGCUGUGUUCGGCAUGGGACAGCCCAGUCUCUUGGGGUUCAAGAGGGUCCUCCAGAAACUCCAGAAGGAUGGACAUAAGGAAUGCAUCGUCUUCUGUGUGCGGGAGGAGCCUGUGCUCUUCCUGCGUGCUGACGAGGACUUUGUGUCCUACACGCCUCGAGACAAGCACAAGCUUCACGAGAACCUGCAGGGCCUGAGUCCCCGGGUCCCAGUGGAGAGCACGGAGCUGGCCAUCCGGAAGGAGAUCCAAGACUUUGCCCAGCUGAGUGAGAAUACCUACUACGUGUACCAUGACACAGAAGACCUGCGGGGGGAGCCCCACGCUGUGGCCAUCAGGGGUGAGGACGACGUGCAUGUGACCGAGGAGGUGUACAAGCGGCCCCUCUUCCUCCAGCCCACCUACAGGUACCACCGCCUGCCCCUGCCAGAGCAAGGGGCACCCCUGGAAGCCCAGUUCGACGCCUUUGUCAGCAUUCUGCGGGAGACGCCUAGCCUGCUGCACCUCCGAGAAGCCCACGCACCUGCCCCUACCCUCCUCUUCAGCUGCCAUUCGGGUGUGAGCAGGACUAACCUGGGCAUGGUCCUGGGCGUCCUGGUGCUGUUUCACCUCAGUGGGACCAUGUCACAGACAGAGCCUGGCGCCCCACACAAAAAAGCCCUGCCCAUGGAGCAGUUCCAGGUGGUCCAGAGCUUUCUGCACACAGUGCCCCAGGGAAGGAGAAUGGUGGAGGAGGUGGACAGAGCCAUUGCUGCCUGUGCUGAGUUGCACGACCUGAGGAAGGUGGCCCUGGAGAACCAGAGGAAGCUGGAAGGCGCCUGCCUGGAGAGCGGAGUGCAGGAAAGCAGUGGACAGUGUAUUGCCCGGCAGAGGGCGCUGCGGAGCCUGGAGCGCUACUUCCACCUGGUCCUGUUCAGCUACUAUCUGCAUGAGCAGUACCCCCUGGCCUUUGCCCUCAAUUUCAGCCGCUGGCUGUGCACCCACCCUGAGCUGUACCGUCUCCCUGUGACGCUGAGCUCAGGGGGGCCCAUGACCCCCAAGGACCUCCUUGCCAGGGGCUCCCUGGAGGCAGACGACCUUGUCUCCCCGGAUGCACUCAGCACUGUCCGAGAGAUGGAUGUGGCCAAUUUCCGGCGUGUGCCCCGUAUGCCCAUCUAUGGCAUGGCCCAGCCUAGUGCCAAGGCGCUGGGCAGCAUCCUGACCUACCUGACGGAUGCCAAAAGGAAGCUGCAGCAGGUGGUCUGGGUUAACCUGCGGGAAGAUGCUGUGUUGGAAUGUGAUGGUCACACCCACAGCCUGUGGCCACCUGGGCCCCCCAUGACCCCCACACAGUUGGAGGCCACAGAGGCCCAGCUGAAGGCCCACCUGAGCAUGCUGUCCCCCGACAUGAAGGGCCCACCGCUCCCCAGGUUCCAGACGUACCUCACCAUGCAGGAAGUCUUCAGCCAGCACCGUGAGGUCUGCCCUGGCCUGACCUACCACCGUGUCCCCUUGCCGGACUUAUGUGCCCCCCGAGAGGAGGACUUUGACCGACUGCUGGAUGCCCUGCGGACGGCCCUUGCCAAGGACCCUGGCACUGGCUUUGUGUUCAGCUGCCUCAGUGGCCAGGGCCGGACCACGACUGCGAUGGUGGUGGCUGUGCUGGCCUUCUGGCGCAUCCGAGGCUGCCCUGAGGUGAGCGAGGAAGAGCUCGUGAGCGUGCCUGAUGCCAAGUUCACCAAGGGCGAGUUUCAGGUAGUGAUGAAGGUGGUGCAGCUGCUGCCUGACGGGCACCGCAUGAAGAAGGAGGUGGACGCAGCGCUGGACACAGUCAGCGAGACCAUGACGCCCAUGCACUACCACCUGCGGGAGAUCAUCAUCUGCACCUACCGCCAGGCGAAGGCUGCCAAAGACAAGCAGGAGGCGCAGAGGCUGCAGCUUCGGAGCCUGCAGUACCUGGAGCGCUACAUCUACCUGAUCCUCUUCAAUGCCUACCUCCACCUGGAGGAGGCGCACUCCUGGCAGAGGCCCUUCAGCACCUGGAUGUGGGAGGUGGCAUCCAAGGCCGGUGUCUAUGAGACCCUCAACCAACUGGGCUUCCCCGAGCUGGAGAGCACAGAGGACCAGCCCUUCUCCAGGCUGCGACACCGGUGGCAGGAGCAGAGCCUCGGGCCUGGGUCCUUGGCCGGCAGGGACUUCCUGUAGGGGCUUCCUCCCGCGCCCCCAGGUCCUCGUAGCCAGGACUGGGCCCUGGGAACUGGCCUUACAGAAGCAACCCCCAGCUUCCUGGGCUGGGUGGAUUGGGCAGGGAGCAUUUUAGAAUGAGCUUCAUCCAGGACCAGCAGUCAGCACAGCCACUCAGAGGUGCAAGGACACUGCCAAGGGGCCUGGUGUGGCUCCUUGAGGCACCUGGUGUUCGGCCUCUGGCAAGCGCACACCCCAAACUGCCAAGCAGCUGACCGCCAUCUCUGUCCUCUUCUCCCUCUCUCUGAGGUUCUGAAGGCCCUGCCAGUGUCGAUUUCCUUCCCUCGCUUCCUCUGGCUACCCCGGUUCCCUUCCCCUUUUGCUUCUUGAGCACUGCCCAGGGGGACCCUGGCUACCUGAGAGGGUGGGGGAUCUAUUACCUUAAAGGCAGCUUUGCCCACUGCCUCUCAGCCCUGUCUUCAGCUAGGGAGACUGCAAGGACAACUUCCAUGGCCAGGGGCUGGCCUUGGCCUCCCCUUCUGGUGCCCUGACCCCUUCCCCUGGCUGGUGAGGUCUCUGGGGAGCUAGAAACAUCAGGGGGCCCUUUGGGGGAUUUAGAAAGGCCUUUUGGAAGCUGACACAGCCUAAGGAGGGUGAGCUCGAAUUGCCCUGGAGCCUGGGCCAAGGUACCAGGCAGCCCAUCUUCCCUCCUCAGUUCCCCCACCCCCAUAGCAGGCCCCAAAACAUGGCUGAGUCAAGGUUGGUAGUUGGGGUGGUGUUUGUGAGUGGGAGGAUGUGAGAGAUUGGGCAAGGGUGUUGUAGGGGGCCCCUGGGUUCCAGGUCAGCCCUGCGGAGGAUCCGAGGAGGUUCAGCUGUCUCCCUGGGGGGGGGGCAUAAAGGUCAGCUCCACUGAGUUGUGGGUCCUGCCAUCAUCUCUGGC